UGUCACAAUUGCGGUUGGACGAAACUGUCCGCAAGCCAUGCGCCGAGCAGUAUGGCACGUGACGGAUUUUGAUCUACGGAAGCUCAUGUACAACGGCGCUAUCAGCAUGGUCUACCACGCGGUAGAUAAACGGUCUGGCAUCACCGUGGCUCUGAAGCUCUACAAGCGAAUCAAACUCAACGAAAUCGAGCGGCAUCAGGCGGGUAUUGCUCAUAUUAUAUUCUCAAUCACCAGAUCCAUGCCAUUCAUUCAUGCACCAGCAGCACCAGUGGCCCGGGAAAUUCGGCUCCAUUCGGACUUGGCCCAUGACUCCAUCAUUGCGCUGUACGCCGCCUGGAAGGAUAAGGCCUACGUAUACCUGGCACUGGAGUGGGCACCCGGGGGUGACGUGUAUUCGUACCUAAAGUCCCAACGAGGCCGGCUGGCGGAGGAGCUGGCGGUGCCCCUCAUUCUGGAGCCCUUCAUGGCCGGUUUGGCAGUCAUCCACGAAAAGGGGCUCAUCCACCGAGAUAUCAAGCCCGAAAACAUGCUGCUAACAAACUCCUUUCAGGUCAAAAUCGCCGACUUCGGCCUUUCCAUAGACUCAAAGCAAGAGAUCGCCAACACGCGCCUAGGCACCAUCGACUAUCUGGCUCCGGAGAUCCUGGACUGCCCCGUGAAGCAGCACCCGGAGGACCACAAGGACCGCCCAGAUACCGGGUACACCAACAAGGUUGACUGCUGGUCGGUUGGGGUGCUCGCGUACGAGCUGCUGGUGGGGCAGCCGCCCUUCGCGGCGCCCACUGCCCAAGAGACGCUGCGGCUGAUCCGCACCAAGCGUGUCGAGUACCCCAGCUGGCUUUCACCGGAGAGCGUCAACUUCAUGUCCAUAGUUUUGGUCCGAGACCCCACCCAACGACCUAGCAUCGCGGAGCUCCUGGACCACCCGUGGAUUCUCAAGUACAGCCGAAGAGAGGGCGGAGGACUGGCGAGGGCGCGUAACCGGCUGCAGCAGCGGCGACCCACCGCCGACGGCGGGAUGCUGGUACGCUCCAUGACG